AUAUACCGGAGACACGACACCUCCAGCGUUUGCGUACACGCACAUCCAUAAUGGAGCGCGACGCGUGGCUGCUAUGUGCAGCGCUCGCCGCGGCGACGGUCGUCUACUACCUCGCCUGCACGACGUCGCGCCGCGCGCAGCGGCGUCGUCUGCCUCCUGGCCCGACGCCGCUGCCGGUGAUCGGCAAUGUGCUCAGCCUGCGCGGCAACAUGCACCACGCGCUGGCGCGCCUCGCGCGCGAGCGGUAUGGCCCCGUGAUGGCGCUGAAGCUGGGCCUCGUCACCGCCGUGGUCGUCUCCUCGCCCGACGCGGCGAGGGAGGCGUUCACCAAGCACGACCGGCGCCUCGCGGCGCGCGCCGUCCCGGACACCAGCCGCGUGCGCGGGUUCGCCGACCGGUCCAUGAUAUGGCUGCCGAGCUCCGACACGCGCUGGAAGACGCUGCGCGGGGUGGUGGCCACGCACGUCUUCUCGCCACGGAGCAUCGCCGCGGCGCGCGGCGUCCGCGAGCGCAAGGUGCGCGACAUCGUCGGCUACUUCGCCGCGCACGUCGGGGAGGUGGUCGACGUCGGCGAGGCCGUGUACAGCGGGGUGGUCAACCUCGUGUCGAACGCCUUCUUCUCCGGUGACGUGGUCGACGUCGGCGAGGAGUCGGCGCACGGGCUACGGGAAGCCGUGGAGGACAUCAUCUUGGCGAUCGCGAAGCCCAACGUCUCCGACCUUUUUCCCUUCCUCCGCCCGCUCGACCUGCAGGGAUGGCGUCGCUGGGCGGAGAAACGCUACGACACGGUGUUCGACAUCUUGGACAACAUAACCAACAGCCGUUUGGCCGACGCCUCGGCAGGAAACCACGCCGGCGACUUCCUGGACUCCCUCCUCGGCCUCAUGUCCUACGGCAAGAUCGCUCGCGACGACGUGACAACCAUAAUGUUCGACGUGUUCGGCGCCGGGACAGACACGAUCGCCAUCACGGUGCAGUGGGCGAUGGCGGAGCUGCUCCGCAACCCGAGCAUAAUGGCCAAGGCGCGCACAGAGAUGGAGGACGUCCUCGCCGGCAAGAAAACCAUCGAGGAGAACGACACGGAGAAGUUGCCGUACCUCCGGGCCGUGAUAAAGGAGGCAAUGCGGCUUCACCCGGUGGCACCGAUACUACUGCCGCACCAGGCGGCGGAGGACGGCGUGGAGAUCGGCGGCUACGCCGUGCCGAAGGGGUCGACGGUGAUCUUCAACGUGUGGGCGAUCAUGCGUGACCCGACGGCGUGGGAGAGGCCGGACGAGUUCAUGCCAGAGAGAUUCCUGCAAAGAGCAGAGGUAGAUUUCCGAGGAAAAGACUUCGAGUUCAUGCCGUUCGGGGCCGGAAGGAGGCUGUGCCCGGGGUUGCCGAUGGCAGAGCGCGUCGUGCCAUUCAUACUGGCGUCGCUGCUGCACGCGUUCGAGUGGAGGCUCCCCGACGGCAUGUCGGCUGAGGAGUUGGAUGUCAGUGAGAAGUUCACCACAGCCAAUGUUCUUACUGUCCCACUGAAGGCCGUCCCCAUACUUGCCUCUAGUGCUAGUGAACUACAAGCAAGCUAGCAGGAUAGCCUACCUCAUGGCGCAUUUGCGGGGCUACAUUUAAAGUUUAAAUAUCGAAUAAUACUAUCAAAUAAAGCACAGCUUCGGUGCAUAUUUAUCUUUUGUUUCUUUGUAAUCCUACUUGUUUUUAUAUUAAUGAAAUCAGUGUUUAAUAUAUAUCA